UCAUUGAUUCAAAAAUUGUUCUGUACCACACGAUCUGUACUGCCAUAUCUUGGAUCUACUUGAUGUCACGUCCAUUGGUGUUGGAUCGUGGUUUUGCUUCUUCGUCCUGCAACUGACUUCUUUGACUUAGUCUACUGAUGGCUGACGUUUUUCACGUGCUCAAAGAUGUAUUUGGCCAUGCAUCGUUCAAGUCCACAUUACAACAAAGAGCGACGGAAGCAAUUAUUGGAGGCGACCGAGAUGUAUUCGUUUCCAUGCCGACCGGCGCUGGAAAAAGUCUGUGCUAUCAGCUGCCAGCUGUGUACGCCGGUAUGCGAUUGGGCACGGCUCGGCGCGGUGGUCUGACACAGGGUGGUGGCUGUGUAACUCUGGUGAUCUCCCCGCUUAUCGCAUUGAUGCAGGAUCAGGUGCAACACUUGAAAGACUGCAACGUUGCUGCUGAGCUUCUCAACUCCAAGCAGAGCAAUGAUGAGAGGCAGCGUGUCUUGCGCGACCUUUGUGGUUCGAAGAAAGUGAUGAAGGGCCAAGAGCAGACACUUGGAGACCUUGCCAGAGGGUUUGCUAAGAGUACUGGCGAGAAGCUGCCUAAGACGCGGCUAUUGUACGUGACACCGGAACUGCUUGCCACUGAUUCUUUUCAGUCUGUGCUCAAGGAUAUCUAUGACCAACGCUUGCUAGCGUACUUUGUUGUGGAUGAAGCUCACUGUGUCUCCCAAUGGGGUCAUGAUUUCCGCCCAGACUAUGUCAAGCUUGGUAAGCUGCGGCAACGUUUCCCGGGCAUUCCCUGGGUAGCGUUGACUGCCACAGCAACAGUUGCAGUCCAGGAAGACAUCCUCAAGCAGCUUAGCCUGCGGCAGCCUGUUGCCAUCUUCAAAGCACCGUGCUUCCGAUCAAAUCUCUAUCUGGAUGUGAAGUAUAAGGAUGCUCUUGGCGAUCCGUAUACUUCGUUGUGUACCUUUGUCAAUUCUGCACUGGACGAUAAGGGUUCUGGCAUUGUGUAUUGUCGUACCCGAGAUGCUUGUCAAGAGGUAGCAGCUCGCCUGUCGUCCAAGGAGAUCUCAGCCAAGCCAUACCAUGCUGGUCUGAAGGAUACAUUGCGCGCCAGUACACAAGAGGACUGGAUGAAUGGAAAGACUCGUGUCAUUGUGGCAACGAUCAGUUUUGGAAUGGGUAUCGACAAGUCCAAUGUCAGAUUUGUUGUACACUGGACUAUUCCCAAGUCAAUGGAGGCAUACUACCAGGAGUUGGGUCGUGCUGGUCGCGACGGUCUGCCUGCCAAAUGUCGUCUUUACUACAGCAAGGCUGACAAGGAGACUGUUGCAUUCUUCUUGCAAAAGGAGGCAUCAAGGCCAAAGGCAAAGAAAGAAGCAGCACGUCCUCAUGUCAGAGCUCAGCAGUCCAGUUUUGAAGAGCUUGUCAAAUACUGCCUUGGAACAAGCUGCCGUCAUGAAAGUAUAGCCAAGCAUUUUGGAGAUCCUUUGCCUCAGUGCAAGGACCUGUGUGACUGUUGCCGUGAGCCGAAUGCAGUGCGUAAGAUGCUGUCAACCGGACACCUGUCCAAGAGUGCGAACAGUCGCUACAGUACUGUGGCUGGUGGUGUGGAAAGACAUGCUCCUGACUCGGAGAUGUAUGGCGGUGGCAGAUGGGGACAUCGCAAAGCCAAUGGUGCGGAUGCAUUAGGGGAGUCUGGCUCGGACGACGAAGGUGGAAGCUAUGACGGUGAUGGUGAAAGAGCGUAUGGAAAAUCUCUAACUGAGGGGUUGGCUGAUGAGCUACGGAAAAGAAGACAUGUAGGAGACAUAGCACCGGCAUCUCUGGGUACCAACAAUCCAGGACUGCAAUGCAGACUAGUGAAUCCCACGUCCAAACGCAUUCCUAGUCUUCAUUUCAAGGUCCGGGAGCAUUGCUUGAAUCGUAUUGAGACAGCUCUGGUGACAAAUGCUGCAACAGUUGGUCAUCCAUCGGGAUUGACUGAGGAGGCUAUCUUCAACGUGGCUGUUUCAGAGGAAUACUCUGUCUUCAUGGACAGCCGCAUCGCCUCAGUUUAUCGUCAGAAAGCAGUGAAAAAGGCGUCGACGAUCAAUGAUCUUACUAGCCGGGAUGAACUGUACGAGGGAUUACUCAAGGACAAUGUUCAGGAUGACGUGUUAACCGACUCAGAAUGCGCUGCCUUUCCUGCGGACACAUACAGUGGUGAACCACCCAGCGACGAUGAAGUUCGACACCAGCCCUGCUUCCAGACUGCAUUGCAACUAUCCAAGUCGCGCGACUCACUUACUAACUCGAGUCGGGUGCAGCACUCCGUGGGCCAUAGGGCCAGUCAAACGCGUGCCCAACCCUCCUCUAAAUCUGCCGGUAUGACUGGCGGCUUUGUCCCAGCGCGGCAUCUUGUUGCAGAUAAUGUCAUUCAAGCCAGCAGUCGCAAAUCAAAACUGCAACAGCAAACGUUACCAUGGUCAACAACCGGAACAAACAACUUCGAUGACAAUGAGUUGUCAUCUGCUGCAUGUAUUGGAGCAAAGACGCAGCUAGAGGAUGUUACUGAUGUCCUAGCACGUUCACCGAUAGCGUCUAUGUUGCCAGACUCUAUACGAAUUGGUCAAAUUGGUGGAGGAGCGCAGCAAGAACAGUCCGGAACACCAACAACAGUGGUCUUAUCAAGCAGUCCAGUGUCAAGCCCGCUACACCAAGCAUUCUCUCCUGUGGCCACUUGUACAUCAACAGCUGAUAUUGCGGAGCCUCCAGCGUUCACAUGUUUCUUUGAGAAGAGGAAUGAAUGCGCUCCAAGCAACCAUUCGAAGAGCAAUGGAUUUCGAUCACCUUCCCCAACGCUGUCCGUUCACAAUGACCAUCUUGUUGAACCGGUCGAGGAGAGCGAUGCUCCGUACGCGGUAUCUACACCAGUUGAUUAUGUAAACCACUCUUAUCAAGUGUCGUCGUCGCCACCGCCGCUUGCCAAGCCAGUGAAACGUCCAUCGUGCGAAGAUCGGGUUGAAGAUGACAUUGUUAGCAACACAUCUAGCAAGCCUUCCUCUAGUUCCGGUAAACCAACUAAACGCACAGCUGGGCACAGUCAAAGUCGGACAGCCGGCCUGGCCAAGAAGGUGAAACCCAGUUCUGAAUCAAUAGCUGCGGCAGCGGCAGCUGAAAAGCGUAAGAGUGAACUCGUCGGUAAACUGGUGAAGCUGCUCAAUCCGUACUUCAAAGACAAUUGCUUUGAAUCCAAGGAUCUCUUUAAAAUGUUUGCAAAGCAUCUGACGACACUUUUGCUGGAUGACUACACGAAACAACAAACCAGUGCUACACGUGUCGGUUUGAAAGUCGUCAAAGUCUUCUUCCAGUCAGAAGGUAGAUUCGUACGAGAAGAGCAGCUAAGCAUCGUUACCAAUCUUGUAGAAAAGGAAAAGGCGAGGAGUGUGCCUGCAAAGUGCUGAGCUCCUCCUCCCCCCCCCCCCCUCUUCCUGUCCCUCUCCACUCUUGUCAGAGAUGUUUGUGUUUAAAUUACAUCAUGUAGUCCCCCGGGUGCUCAGUGUUUUGUAGCCCACGACCUAACCGUGGCAGUGCCAUCAAGCUGAGUCCAUCACAAUCCACCCGAAGUAUUUCCGGCGUAACAUCUCACUACUCCGCAUUGUGGCAAGUUAGUUACAUGUACGCAAUCACUCACUGCUACGCUACUGCUGUGCAAUGCCGUUUUGCAUUCCUCCCGAUCUGCAUCAUUUUCAGUGCAAAAGUCUAGCCCCCAGCCUUUUUUCUUCCUAUUUUGACAUUUUCAAUAUGUUCAACUACAGCUGAAACACCAGUAUUGCCCGGGUAUUUUAACGAACAUUUUUUUUAAAUGUGCAUUCUCACGAUAUCAAAAGUCAAAUCUUGAAGUCGUUACGUGCAAACACCGUCGGCGAUGUACCGCCACAGUAACCGGUUGAAUUGUUGCCAAACACAAGAACACUACAAGUAAGGAAUAUGUUGUCAAUUUCGACAGCAUGUAACUGUUAUACCGGUAAGCUCCCAGCUUA